CCACAAAGCACCAAGGAGAUACCACCAAUACUGUUUCCUGAAAAUUCAGCAGAUCGACGAGGAACAUAAACAGCAUCAAGGCCAACCUCCACAGAAUUAAGACCCCAAUUGUAAUCAGUCGUUCACCUGUCCAACACCAGAUCCCUGAAGCAUACUCUCCAUUGGAAGAGAUUACCACGUGCACAGAGGAAAAGAUUCAAGGCGGUUUUCCAAAACUACUUGGAAUAAAAGUCUAUAUCCGCACCCAUUGCUGGGACUUCCAGGGGUGGCACUGGGAACUCUUGGUCAGAGAAACCCCAAGUCAAAGGUGGAAGGAACACGCCACUACCCGAAGAACGACCCACCCACCCCGUCAGGCAGGUUCCGCUUGCCCGACCUGCGACAGGAUCUGUGGACUCCACAUCGACCUCAUCUGCCAACUCAGAAGCGAAGUGAAGCAAGUUCUCGUCCAGCCCCAGGAUCCUGAAGAGGGGAGACAGGAGAGGGGAGGGGCGUUCGAUGAUUCAUUUCCAUUUACUUUCCUGGCCGGCGCACAGGCGGGAUUAAUCAAUCGGCGACACCAUCGAUCUUCCGAUCGGUGCUGGAAGGAAACGGCGCGGCGGCAAAAUGUUCCGUAAUCAGUAUGAUAACGAUGUCACAGUUUGGAGCCCACAGGGGCGUAUACAUCAGAUUGAAUAUGCCAUGGAGGCAGUGAAACAAGGCUCAGCCACCGUAGGGCUCAAGUCAAAAACACAUGCAGUUCUAGUAGCUUUAAAGAGAGCUCAGUCAGAAUUGGCUGCUCAUCAAAAAAAAGUACUCCAUGUUGACAAUCAUAUUGGCAUCUCCAUUGCUGGUCUCACAGCUGAUGCUCGACUGCUAUGCAACUUUAUGCGUCAGGAAUGUUUGGAUUCAAGGUUUGUGUUUGACAGGCCGCUGCCAGUGUCACGUCUCGUGAGCUUGAUUGGAAGCAAAACUCAAAUUCCUACACAACGGUAUGGAAGGAGACCAUAUGGUGUGGGAUUGCUUAUUGCUGGUUAUGAUGAUAUAGGCCCUCACAUUUUCCAGACAUGUCCAUCUGCUAACUACUUUGACUGUAAGGCCAUGUCAAUUGGUGCUCGUUCACAGUCUGCUCGAACUUACCUCGAGAGAAACAUGGAUGCAUUCCAGGACUGUAACUUGAAUGAAUUGGUUAAACAUGGUCUGCAAGCCUUGAGGGAAACGCUCCCAGCUGAUCAGAAUCUUGCAACAAAGAAUGUCUCAAUUGGAAUUGUGGGUAAAGAUAUUGAUUUCACUAUUUACGAUGAUGAUGAUGUCGCACCAUUUUUGGAAGGUUUAGAAGAAAGACCUCAGAGAAAGGCAGCUCCAUCUGAUGAUGCCCCCUCAUCUGAAAAGCCAGAAGAGCCAAUGGAACAUUAAUCUAUUCAUCUAUUUUGUGCUUUGUAACUGUAUUUGCAGCACAGCUUCGGCAGGGCUUUUGAGAAACUUGUAUUUCAAUAAAAUAGGGAUAAAAAAUACUGUAAUUGGCUUUUUUUUCUAUAAGGAUUUUGUUACCGAUCAACGCAAAGCAUCUGUAAAACCAAUAAACUCGUGUAUUACUGAAA